GGUCCUUUAAUCCCUUGGAGCUGCGUGAGGGGGGAAUUCCCUCCUGGAGGUCCCUUAAUCCCACUGUGGUGUCCAGGAAGGAACCAGCCCUGGCAAGAAGGUGACAAGGGACAAGCAGCACCUUCACCAUCCCCAGGGUGCCUCUUGCCAGCCAUCCCACCCCAUCUGACCUCCACAAACUAUGGAAGAUCCCAAUUAUCCCGCCCUGCUGGGAUGCUCCUGCACCACUCCCUGUUUUCCCUCUCCUUUGCCGUGAGUUUUCCCAGAUUUAGAGACUCCAAUCCCGUUUUAUUUUUGCCGUGGGAGAACGGAAUCUGCUCGGCUAAGCCAGGAAUUGCAUCCAGCCUUUCUUGGCUAAGCCAGGAAUUGCAUCCAGCCUUUCUUGGCCAAGCCAGGAAUUGCAUCCAGCCUUUCUUGGCUAAGCCAGGAAUUGCAUCCAGCCUUUCUUGGCUAAGCCAGGAAUUGCAUCCAGCCUGCAUGGACAGGGCAACCUUUGCCUGUUCCACUGCCUUUUUCCAUGACUGCAGCCCCUCAUCCCAGGCUGCUCCAGGCCUUCCCGGGGGUCACGUUGACUUCAUUGAGAGAGUCGAUUCCUUCACGUACUCGGAUUUUUUCCGGGAUUAUUUGAUUCCCAACCAGCCCUGUAUUUUCUCAGCCAAGUUCACCGAGGAUUGGGGCAGCAGGAGGAACUGGGUCACCCGGGAUGGGAAGCCCAACUUUGAGCAUCUGCUGCAGAAGUUUGGCGAGGCCGUGGUGCCCGUGGCCAACUGUGACAUGAAGGAAUACAAUUCCAACCCCAAGGAGCAGCUGCCCUUCAAGGACUACGUGAAGUACUGGCAGGAAUACAUCCGGAACGGCUACCGCUCCUCCCGGGGCUGCCUCUACCUCAAGGACUGGCACCUCAGCAGGGCUUUCCCAGAGCAGGAUGUUUACACGACUCCCGUGUACUUCUCCUCCGACUGGCUCAACGAGUACUGGGAUGCUGUGGCUGUGGACGAUUAUAGGUUUGUCUACAUGGGACCCAAGGGCUCAUGGACACCGUUCCAUGCCGACGUGUUCCGCUCCUACAGCUGGUCAGCAAACAUCUGUGGCAGGAAGAAGUGGCUGCUGUAUCCAGCAGGACAGGAGGAAUUCCUGAAGGACAGACACGGCAACCUACCCUUCGACGUGACUGCCCCCAGCCUGCAGGACAGGAGGGUGUACCCUCGCUACAGCCAAAGCCAACCCCCCGUGGAGAUCGUUCAGGAAGCAGGAGAGAUUGUCUUCAUUCCCAGUGGAUGGCACCACCAGGUUUACAACCUGGAGGACACCAUCUCCAUCAACCACAACUGGGUGAACGGCUGCAACGUGGCCAUCAUGUGGUGCUUCCUGCAGGAUGAACUGGCAGCUGUCCAGAGGGAGAUCAACCAGUGGAAGGAUCCUAUGGAUGACUGGCACCUCCAGUGCCAGCUGAUCAUGAAGUCCUGCACGGGCAUCGACUACAAGGAGUUCUACAACUUCCUCAAAGUCAUUGCAGAGAACAGGAUUUCCGUCUUGGAAAAGGGCCUGGAUGACGAGGCUUUGGCCAAGAACACUUCCAAGGCUGCCAUUUCCACCCUGGGAAUGCUCCACGCCGUGUUCGACCUCAAGAGGACGGUGAAGGUCUUGACGUCGCUGAGCGCCAACGAGGAUUUCAAGAAGCUGGAUCUGACCUCCCUCUCCCCCCCUCCCGAGGCUUUGCUGCACCACCUCAAAGCUGCCAUAGAUACAGCCCUGCUCUGACUUCCCAGUCCCUGGGUUCUUUGGGAAAACCAACCUUUCCCAAAGGCUUUGGAGAAGGUUCCUCCUCCCCCGGUCACCGGCUGAAGCACAAAGAGCUUCCCUACGUUCGUUUGGGAGUCAUUGGAUGGAGGAGGGGAAAAAACAAUCCCAGAUAAAGGAAAACCCCCCUCAAAUCUUGGCAGGAUUUUCUUCCCAGUCAGGGAAGGGGGACAGAAGUUCCCUGUGGAUAACCAAAUUCCCUGUGCUUCCAAGAGCAAAGCUGCACUCCAGCUCUGCUUUGUCUCCUCACAGCUCCAUGAUUUGAAGGCUUCCAGGUGCAGCUCAGCUUAUCUUUUCCUUCUUUUUUUUUUUUAGGGAAUUUGAGCUAGUUUGCUCCCUUGGAAGCCUGAGCUGGAGCCUGGAAGUGCUGGCUCUACUUGUGUCCUCCAAAGCUGGAAUUCUCAGGUGGAAUCAGCCCUCCAACAGCUCCAGGGUUAAAUUUAACAUCCUAAUUAAGACACUGGAGCCCUGAUUGCAAUUAGAGCACUAUUAAUUAAGCAUGUGACCCCCCCCCCCACCCCUUUUCCCCCAAGCUGAAAAGGAGGAAUUGGAAUGCACUCCCACAUUCCCACCCACAAUUCCAAGGCACAGCAGGGAUUUCUUUGAUCAGGGAAGUCAGCCAGGAGCCUCCUCUCAGCUGCUCCACUGUGGUGGGCACACACCAACCAAGCCCUUUGCAUGGUUCCAACAGCACAAUUCCCAACUGGAAUGCCCAAAUAUUCCCGGGGAAACCUCCCUCUAGCUCUUCCAGAGAAGCACAAAUGGCUGCACACUGUUACCACUUUAGGGCUCACUUGAAUUCUUGCUCAAGAACUUCCUCAAUUUUUUUUUUCCCCCCCAAGGAAAAGCAGCUACAAACUGUAUUUUUAGGAAGUGCAACAGCAGAAACCCGGAGUAGGCUGAGAAUUCCCUCGUUUUCUAGAUAAUUCCCUGGGUUUGUACUCGCAUGCACUUUUUGCAUGUCCUUUUUCUAGUAGAAAUAAAAAAAAAAAUCUGCAUUUUUGAGUAGCAAGUGGUACCUGGAAUGAAAAACUCCUCACCCAGAGCAUGGAAAAAAACGUGGAGAAAACAGCAUUUUCUUUUUUUAUUUUGGAUCAAACCAUCCCAGUGCUCCAACCUUCUGGCAGGAGGUUGGAAAAGCACCAGUUUUAAGCAGCUCCACAAUUCCAAUUUCACAGCCUGGUCCUCGGGGCUCUUUCCAUUCUCCAAAACUCAAGCUGGAGUUUUCCUCCUUUUUAACGAGGAAAGGGACGUUUCCUAAAGGUGAGGGACAAGGAUUCCCAGCUGCCAAUCCUGGUUUUUGGUAGGAAAAGCACGUUUUUGGGCCUUGCAUUCCUGCAUGUUGUGACACUGGUGGUUAAAACCACGUAAAAUGAGAUUUAUGGAUCCAGAUUUGGCACUUCCAAUCCCUUCAUUCCCAAGAAUGAGCACUAAAAACCAACGAAUCCAAGCAAAUUCCCAAAUGCUUGAAGGCAGCAAAGAGAUUGGGAUAAGGAGGAGGCAAGCCUGGAAUCUCCCUUCAAAUUUCCAACCAGCUUUAUUUAAAUACAUCCAGUAGGAGACUCUCAUCCCAAUAUAUUAAUUCUUGUAAUCAGUGUUAUUAUUUAUUAAAGCAUCAAUCCAUGUGAGAAACAGGAGCCAA